UCAGCAGCUCGAGCUCAAACAAGCACAGGAAGCAGUUUUGACGUAAUCAGAAUCCCAAAGAUGGCGGCGUUGGUCGCGCCUCGCCUGGCCAUGUUUGGCUCUUUUUCAACAAGGCCCAUUUCAGUCUUCGUCCUUCAGCAGAAGGGUCUGCACAGCAGUGCUAAAAGUGAGAAUACCAGCACGAGCGUUGUUCCAGUCAGAGAGAAGAGCACGGCGGUAGCAGCAGCCAAGCCAGCAUCUGUAGCCAGCAGCAAGGGGGAGUAUGUUGUCACCAAGCUGGAUGACCUGGUUAACUGGGCACGCAGGAGUUCUCUGUGGCCAAUGACCUUCGGGCUGGCGUGUUGCGCGGUGGAGAUGAUGCACAUGGCGGCGCCCCGUUACGACAUGGACCGUUUCGGAGUUGUGUUCAGAGCGAGCCCCCGACAGGCUGAUGUGAUGAUUGUGGCGGGAACUCUGACCAAUAAGAUGGCUCCGGCUCUGCGUAAGGUGUAUGACCAAAUGCCUGAGCCCAGAUACGUCAUUUCCAUGGGAAGCUGUGCUAAUGGAGGAGGCUACUACCACUACUCUUACGCUGUCGUCAGGGGCUGCGACCGAAUUGUACCAGUGGACAUUUAUGUUCCAGGUUGUCCCCCCACUGCAGAGGCUCUCCUUUAUGGGACUUUACAACUGCAGAAGAAAAUCAAACGUGAAAAGAAGAUAAAGAUCUGGUAUCGGAAGUGAAUGUGUAAUAUGUAUGCGUGUAUCUGGUAUGUAAAUGUUGUAUUUCUGGUUUCUUUUGGAGCACUGCUCCUCCUCCAUGUAGAGCUGCAGAAACUCACUUCAAUAAAAUCAUCGUUGUAAUUUA